GUCGUUUUGUCCGUGCCGACACGAUGCACAACAUGUCCGUAUGGAGGUGAUCGCAGUGGCGAGGGUGCUUCUGGAAAUAUCGCGAUUUUGCGGAAAUAGGUGACCAUGAGUGACUCACGGGAUCGUCAGUACAGAGCUACGAGAUUGUGGAACAGUGUCAUCAGGUCCUUCCGCGAUGGCAUGCCCAAGGGUAAACACAGGCGGCACAUGAGGACGUUCGACAACUGUUUCGUGGCCAGCGAUGCCAUUUCGUGGCUCCACGAACACUUGCAGGAUGACCCCAACUUCGGACCCGCUGUCACCAGGCACCAGACGAUGCAGCUUCUGCAGAAGUUCUUGGAGAACAGGAUUAUAGAGGCCGUGAAAAGUGGCAAACCGAGGGUUAUUCAAGAUGACAAGCAGCUAUACAGGUUCACCGUCUAUUCCCCUGUCAAGACCCCACCUUCUGCGAAGUUCCCGCCAAAGGCUGGAAGCGGCCGGACACCUCUGUUGGCUCGAGAGAACAAGCCAAACUUUCCUCCCGAAGCUCACCGUGUGUCGGCCAAGGCCCUCGCUUUCCUAUUUGGAGCCAAGCAAGAUGCUAGCCGGCCACUAGCUACUGAAGUUGUCAAGGACCCAUCCGAGAGCUCUAAAGAACCAGGUGCCACUCUAGUGACUCGGGAGGAAAUGCAAGGCAUCUGGGAAUCGGUAGUUCUGGCCAGGCUAAGAUGCCUCGUCGGUGAGGAAGCCACUGAUGGAAGCUUGAACGGUUUCCGCAUUUCGGGAGCAGACAUUCUGCACAACAUGUACCGGCUUAGUCGCAACGGUGUUGUGAUUCUCCUGGAUAAGUCUGAUGACUUGCCGAAGUGGAUAAUCAACGCGAUGAAGUGUCUCAUCCACUGGCCUCGAGCGUCGGGUGCGGGAAGCUGCCUGCCCAAUUACCCAGGCUUCGAACUGGACGUGUUGAAGGUGGUCAGCGAAUUCUUCAGUGGCCUUGGAACUGCUUUGGUCCCUCAACCUAUCCUGAGGCUGUUCUACCACGCUUUUGGUCCACUUGUAGAAAGCUGCAAGGUCCCGGAGGAGCCACCAACUCCUGACGCAUCGGUCGAAAACCUUCUGCACAGCAUGUCGAUUUUAGCUCUGCCAGUCGAAGCGACGGCAAAGCCACAUCAAUUUACUAAGCCUAGUCUUCAACCGUCACUGUCCGGUCGACAUUUGGUUUAUCGCACUGCCUUUGAAUCGGCAGACCCCGUGACAGUCCUCAUCGAGUCGCAGGGCUCUGUAGAGCAUGCGUUCGCAUUGAGUGCCGAGACGGCCAGUACAAUAAGCUCAUGCAGCGGCGGCUUCACCCGACCAUUGUCACCGGCCUACAGUGACAUUUACAGCGACGUCUACAACCUGGCCUGCAGCGGCAGUGUUGGUGUGGCUGGCUUCAGCGGCGGCUUCGACACUGACAAGAAGCCCAUUGGAGUGCCGCGAAGCUCAUCCGCCGAAGAUCUGAAUGUUGCGAGGCACUUCACUCACGCGACGAUGUCGGCUCCAAAGGAGGCAUUGGUGCGGAGCACGGCGUCUGUGAACGUUGACGGAUUCUUGACAUUGAGGCAAAUCAAAAAAGAACGGGAGGCGAGGAGAGGCAACAUGCUAGUCGGGGAGGGGUACGUGAACCUAGGGUACGGAUCUAGUAGCAGCUUGACCAGUGACUGGCAGGUGGCAGUGCAGCGUUCUGCUGGAAGCGUGUCUUACACGACGGCGCCAACUCAAGUCAGUGUGGCAUCCUCUCGAGACGGUAGCUUCGUGUCGGCUAGUGACAGCGUGACGUGCCUACGCUAUGCUAGGUCGAAUCCGAGUUGCGAGAGCUUACCGGUCCUGGUGCACUCCACUCCGGCAGAGACAGGAAAGACUGCGGGGCCAUUCUACGCAAACAUCUCUUCAUUGCGGCCCAGAGAAAAUUCUGAAGACCUGCGGCGGGCAGUGAAGGUGAUGCAGGUGGCAUCGCUUCUUCUUCCGCCUUGCAGACGGCGAUACCUGCACCUUCUCCUGCGCUUCAUUUACAAGACGUCGCGGAACGAAGUGCUGACUCUAAUCCCCCAUCAUAGCAAUAUGAGUGUGUUGCUGAACACAUUUGCGUGCAUCCUGAUGAGCACUGAUGGCAGCUGCUUGGAAGCUACUCCCGACACAGCCCAGGAACUUCUCGCUUUCCUCGUGAAGCACUGCGACCGCAUCUUUGCUCCCCCCCGUGAACUUCACCUGGAGGUGGAGGCACGGCUCACCAUUCUGCGAAGGGAGCGGGCCAACAAGGCGACCACUUACUGCCAGCAGGUGACGCGCGAGCAGUUCGAGGCACAGAAGCGGACGCUGUCCGAGCAAGCCCUGAUGGACCUCUUCGACGACAUCCUCCGCGACCCGAGGAUAUCGGACAAGGAACGCAACACUAGGAUGAAGCAGUUUCGACAAAAUUAUCCUGACAUCUACAACAAGAAGACGUGUGAUGAGCCUGUUCCAGUUACAUUCAAGAGGAACAGCCGUUCAAGGGCCACCGUGAUUGGCUUGCUUAGAAGUCUGAGAUUGUGAUUUAACUUCAGAUCUUUAAAUCCUAUAUACUUGUGGCUCUGGAAUAUGAUCUGAAUUUAUGCACGGGUGCUUGAAGUAAUAACUUAAGUGAAUCGUUGUUUGUUUGAUUUUUAUCGCAUACAGUGCCAUUGAACUUGUGCAUUGCAAUACGAAGUUAUAGAAAGCUGAAAUUUCGGUUUAUGGAGUCUUGUGCUUGGACACAUAAAAUAGUCUCCGUAAGUGAGGACCAGUGCUUGCUAAAAGCUGGCUGGGACUGCGUGGAGCAUUUUUUCUUCUUUGUGAUGUAUGGAAAGUUAUCUAAAUUACAUGAGUUCACAACUGUGUUUCGUUCUUUGCAUGUUUAGUGUGUAAGCACGGAUGAAAUGGAUGGCUGACACUCAAGUAGCUGUGACGUUUUUUAAGUGCAACGAAAAUGGGUAUUGUCUUCAAUGUCUACUUCUCCGUACGUUUCCCACUACUGUAAAUGAUGUGUGUACGUGAGUCUCUGCUUUUCGAGAGCAUGGAGUGCUGGUCUAGUGUUGUCCUUGUCUUCAUCGCUGCAAUUCAAGGUGGUGUGAACUGCGAUGACAUUGCUUUUGAAACCACAGUAUUGCUGCUAUAUUUUACAUGACCGCUGCACACGUUCGCUGCGCAUAGUUAGCUCAGGGAUUUUGCAUGGGUUCUGAGAGAAAGAGUCAUUUUUACUUUGUGUUUUCAGUGCAAGGACUAUUCUGGUGGCCUUUCCCUGCCAAAGGUCUGUUGGAUGUGCCAUAUGCUCAAUGAACUACUUACAACUGAUGGCCAUGUAUCUUUCUUACAUCAUGUUAUUUAAAAGUAUUAACGCGAAACUCUGUGGUGCUACAAUAAAAAGCGAUAUGAGCUUUUUUUGCAAUUUCCUACAGUCACGGUCAACUACAUUUGCAUGUGAUCAUGCUACGAACACAGCACUAGUCGCAUAUGUACAAUAUUAGGUUUUAUUACAGAGCACUUUUAUCUGUCAUUAUUUGAUCAUUUUCAGUUGUACCUGCUUAGUUUGUUUUUUGCUGUUGUAUAGCACAUUGUAUUGCAAUACAAAUCAAAUAAAAUCAUCAUCACACUGCAU